GAGCAGCACAGACAGACCGAUAGAUUGGUAUUUUACAUCUAGACUCUGUAGUGGGCCAGCCUUGGAGGCAGAGGAGGACAAACAGACUGAUCUUUUGCACCUUGGUUCUCAGCCUGUCCACGCUCCGCUCACGUCACAGUUCCUCUCUGAUUGGCGUCCGAUUGAUAGAUCUCCGUCUGGCCCCUAGGAGGCCCACCACAGCCCCCAGUGGCCCUCAGCAGUUCUCUCACCUCAGACGGGGGACGACGAUGAAUCACCAAGGUUACAGUGCCCAUCUGUAGGGCUACGUGAGCCUGCCUCUCUGUGUUGACUCUGUGGGACUAGCUAUGUGGGUUUGGGACACUGUGGCAGGUUAAUGAAUAACUAAACGAAAACUCCCGCUGCACUGACAGCUGUGGGAUUAGCAUGUUCACCUGAGCGGGGGUGGAUUGGAUAUCCCGGGAAAGUAACGAGAUGUUUUGAAAUGGAUCCUUUUCCUGGUUUACAGAGUACCAGGUUGUAUAUCUAAAGUCUGCCGAGUUCUUCGACAUGCUGGAAAGGAUGCAGGUCCCUAAAUCUGAGGAGACGAAGCCCCACUCGCAGAGAAGCAAGGAUGACUACAUCCCAUACCCGCGGAUAGAGGACAUUCUGGAGAAGGGUAGCCCAUACCCGCAGGUGAUCCUGCCCCAGUUUGGGGGUUACUGGAUUGAGGAUGCCGAGGCGCCUGCGGGCACCCCCACCUCCUCGGAGAGCAGCUUCUGUGAGGAGGAUGACGGAGGGGGCAUGAGCCCUGGGGGAGGGUUUGGCUUCAGGCUGGAGUGUAACAGCUCGGCCAGGGCCUACCGCAAACACUUCCUGGGCAGGGAGCAUAUGAACUACUACUGCACAGGCAGCAGUCUGGGGAACCUCAUUAUGUCACUGAAGCACGAGGAGGCAGAGGGCCAGGAGUUCCUCCGCAUCUUGCUCAGGUCGAGGACAAAGACACAUCAUGACAGGAUCUCUCUGGCAGGCCUCAACCAGCUUCCCAGCGUGCCCCAGAUAGCCAAGCUCCUCUGUGACGACGUGACUGGCCUGAAGUUCAACCCGGUCCUGUACCCCAGAGGCUCUCAAUUGAUAGUAGGUUAUGACGAACAUGAAGUGAACAACACCUUUAAGUUUGGUGUCAUCUACCAGAAGUUUGGUCAGACGUCAGAGGAGGAGUUGUUUGGGAACAACGAGGAGACGCCAGCCUUCCGGGAGUUCCUCAGUGUUCUGGGAGACAACAUAGAGCUGAACGACUUUAAGGGGUUCCGUGGGGGUCUGGACGUAUCUCACGGUCAGACAGGCUCUGAGUCUGUCUACACCGUCUUCAGACAGAGAGAGAUGAUGUUCCACGUCUCCACUAAACUACCCUUCACUGAGGGAGACAUACAACAGCUCCAGAGGAAGAGGCACAUAGGAAAUGACAUCGUGGCGGCGGUCUUCCAGGAAGAUGCCACACCCUUUGUGCCUGACAUGAUCGCCUCCAACUUCCUCCAUGCGUAUGUGCUGGUGCAGGUGGAGAAUCCUGGUACUGAACACACUACAUACAAGGUGUCUGUUACAGCGAGGGAGGAUGUACCUCCGUUUGGCCCACCUCUCCCCAAUCCAGCGGUCUUCAAGAAGGGUCCUGAGUUCCGCGGCUUCCUCCUGACAAAGCUGAUCAAUGCAGAGAACGCCUGCUACAAGUCUGACAAGUUUGCCAAGCUAGAGGGGCGGACGCGAGCUGCGCUGCUGGAUAACCUUCACGAUGAGCUGCACAGACAGACCCAAGUUACUCUGGGGCAAGGCCAGGCUGGGGAGGAGGACAAGCUGGAGAAUGGGGGCCAUGGGGGACUGCUGGAGUCCUUCAAGCGUGCGAUGCGCGUCCGGAGUCACUCCAUGGAGACCAUGGUGGGGUCCCACCGUCACCGGAGUCCUGGGGUGGGAGGGGGGGUCCCGGCCAGCUUGAGUGGAGGGGGGCUGCCGCAGAGCACCGAGUGCACAAAGAGUACCUUCACGCCACCAGUGCUGUCAGCCAAGUCUCCCCUAAAGAGUCCAGUGAAGCGUCGUUCAGGCCUCUUCCCCCGCCUCCACUCCAGCACAGAGAGCCCCUCGGACAGACACACACAGAGUGACCAAAAGACCCCAGACAUCUGCCCGCUCGGACAGGAAGGGAGGUCAGAGACGUGGUCCAACCCCAGUUCGCCGGAGAGGCCGUUCCUCAAGCUGAAGGACUGCAGCAGACCCAACAUCUCCCGCUCCUCCUCCAGCACCAGCAGCUUCAGCAGCACCACCGGGGAGGGAGAGGCCCUGGAGGAGCUUGACACUGGAACCCACCCAUCCAUAGCCUCGUCGUCCGUGUUCAGCCCCUACCCUUCCCUCAGCGUGGAGAGCCAAGGCUCUGCCACCCCCCUCAUCAUGUGUCGCAGUCCCACAGAUGUAAAGAGUAAGAUGUCUCCCAGGUCAAACUUAAAGUUCCGCUUUGACAAGAUGAGUCACGCCACAACAUCCGAAUAGAAAUCUGGAUUUUCCAAAAAAGGGACAACACUGUUGGAGCAAAAAACAUCCACAACAUCACCAACGCAUCACAAUGGAAUCACAAAAUGUACUUAACUUCAUGACUAAAGGGAAUUAAGUGGAUUAGCUAGUGCAUAAGAGCACACAUGCAGACAGAUACUGAGCUGGAAAGGAGGGAGAAUCCUGUGAGUCCUCUCAGUGUCUCUCUCUCUCUCUCUCUCUCUCUCUCUCUCUCUCUCUCGAUGUGUCUGGUACAGAAAUAGCUCACAGUGAGAGGCUAGGCGCCAUGUGUUGCUGAAAUACUCAUCUGUAACAUUAACCUCAUACAACAAGUAGACAAGGCAAGGUUUAAAGGUCCAAUGCAGGCAUUUUAUCUCAAUAUAAUAUAAUUUCUGGGUAACAAUAAAGUACCUUACUGAGAUUGUUAACAAAUGGUCAAAAAUAAACAAAAAUAGCUCUUUAGCAAAGGGCAAUUUCUCAAGCAAGAAUUUUGCUAGGACUAUCUGGGAGUGGGGAGGGGAAAACUGAAAACUAGCUGUUAUUGGCAGAGAGGUUUGGAACUCUCUUUCUUAUUGGUCUAUUAACCAAUGUACUGCAUGGUAAUGUCACCAUGGAAGGCCAGAACUCCAUCCCACCUAAACAGGCAGAAAUUUCAGGGCUUUUCAAACAGCUAUUACACUUAAAGGGCAUUAUCAUAAUUUUCACAAUUUCACAGUAUUAUUCCAACCUCAUAGUGUGGAAAUAUAUAUAGAACACAGGAAAAGCUAGUAGAAAGAGGAGGAAGGGAAGCGCUACUAAGGUACACAAUAGUAAAUGUUGGGAGACAGAAGGUGCUCUUUGGUAAAAGGGGCGAGUUGGUCAUCAAAAAGAAAGGAGGACCAAGGCACUCUUCCUCCUUUCUUUUUACAGGAAAAGCUAGUGUUUGAUUGCACAGGGCCUUUAACCUCACAACAUUCAUCGUCAUUGAUUUAUGAAACUGUGGUUAUAGGUCACUUUUUCGCUGCACUCAUCUCUCAGAUUACAGCGAUUGUUCAUUGUGGUCCUCUUCUGUUACGAUCUCCAUAUAUGGGUCCAGGAUGGUGUAAGUUGUGGUACUGGCCUUCAGAAACGGAUGUUGUUAACCAUGGGAAAUGUCUCUCUUGUCUUUGCCCCAGUUUGUCUGUCUGGGGACAGUUAGUCUAUUGCCUAACAAGGAGUUCUUCCUGCAGUAGUUUCGCUUCUUUUUGAGUCACCUGUUGUAAUGCUGGUCGUCUUCCCCUCUGGCCUCACACACAGUACAGUCAAUGCAGGUCAAUAGAGUGGAUCAAUUCACAAUAGAGAUAGAUACAGUAUUUAGAUACUGCAUAGAUUCUAGGGUUGCUAGGGUUGGGGUCAGUUCCAUUUCAAUUAAACUACUUAUAUUUUUAAUCUCAGAGGAAUACAUUGAGGACAAUAAGGAAUUGGAAUUUUUGUUGACUUCCUGAAUUGACACGGAAUUGAUAGAUACGGUAUUUAUCUAUAUGGCUCAAUCCUCAUCAAACAGUAUUGUAGUGAUCAAGUUUGUCUUAAGCCGCAGAAGGAAGGGACUUGACCCUCAUAAACCAAGUGCUCUAUUUGUGGAGAUUUGCUCACAUGAAAAGAAAAAUGCCAUUGCGCUCUGUCACAAGCUUAAUUUAGCCAAAGUCGCGCAUUACAAUCUAUCUGAAACCCUUUCACUUUCCAUGUGCUUCUCACUAUGUGAGAGUUUGAGCAGAGAGUUUGGAUUUGGUUUAUGUUUAUGUUUAGCUGUGGGUGUCUGAUGAAUCCAGACCUGGGUUCAAAUACUAUUUGAAAUCUUUCAAAUGAUUUGAGUGUGUGCUCUAGCCUGCCUGGUUUGCAGUUUUGGGACUAUUGUAUUGGUCCAUUAAGCCAGGCAAGCUUAUUCAAGCACAAAUAACGUAUUUGAAAAGGUUUCAUGUAGCAUUUGAACCGAGGUCUGCUUCUCACAUGUCCUUAUAUAAACAGCCAGUUGUAUUUCACCCAAUGAAUCAAUGUUAAUUGAAAACAUGUAUGCUUAUAAAGGGUGCAUAGCUGAGAAACACAGACUGCUCCAUGGAAAUCAUUUUCAGUAGUUAAAGUCAUUUCACAAUGUUUUUUCUCUCACUAACAUUUCUCUAAAAAUAAAUAAUUGGCAAGAUAAUAUUUUAAAGGGAUCUUACAUAUUUUGGAACUGUGAUUGAAUGCCUUGUGAUUUUGAUGGUUCAUUUUUCAGUCUUAAGUAGAAGCAAAUAGCAAAAACAUUUGAUCUUACAAACCUCAAAACAAUGUUAGUGCAUUGUAGUUCCAAAAUAUAUGAUCGCUUUACUUUGUUGCAAGCUAUAUGAUUAUAAACAAAUCAUGUGUGAAUGUGUUCACCCAGGAACGCAUCAAAAUGGUAAGGUCUCCAUUGAUGUGACCAAAUCAGUCAACUAUAUUUGAGUUUGGGAGAAUAUCCAUGCACUAUAGCUGUAUAGAGGUUCAUUCCUAUUGCUGGAAUAUUUGUGACUGGAGUUCUGUUAUUGGUACACAAAAACUCAGAAAGUUGAGCAGGGCAGAAAGUUAUAUAGGAACUAGUCUUUCAGUUUGUAGAGGGCAUCCACAAGUGCCCCUCAGCCUACUCUCUGUUAAUAAGGCCAUAAUUUAUUGAUUUUAUCUUUUGCUAUUGAUGUUAUGUAAAAAUGUAAUUGCAGAUUAAAUUAAUGAAAGAGGUCAAAUGAAAGGAAAUGUUAAUUUAAAAAGCCUAAACAUGUAUAUGUAUAUUUCGUUAUGUAAUGUGCCAUUAAGAAUUUAUUGUAAAAUAAAAUGUUGUAUUUUGUGCCAA